UGCAAUUCGACCGUAGCUCAGCGUUCCCAAAAACACGAGAGAAACCUGUACCUUGCCUUUGCCCUUUUCCCCGCCAAUGGCGACGCCGGCGCCGCUGGCUGUGGAGGUGCGCUGCGCGGGCUGCGGCGAGACGCUGGAAGUGGAAAACGGGACCACGGACUUCGCCUGCCCGGGCUGCGGCGCCGCGCAGCGCCUCCCUCCGGAGCUCAUGCCGCCGCCGCCGCCGCCGCCGCCGCGCCCGCGCCGCGCCAUCCCUCUGCCGGCGGCGGCCGGGCGCGCGGCUGCGGAGGCGCAAGACCGCGUGCCGUGCGGCUGCAGCGGUGCCCUACUCACCGCGCCGCCGGGGCUCGGAGGCUUCGCCUGCCCAAUCUGCGGCGUCGCUGGCCGGCGCCCCCAGGGCAGCGCCCCACCGACUGGUGUCGCAAUGGCGCAGCCGCUGCAUCCAGAGCCUCAGGUCCUGGGAGACCCCCAAAGUCAUGGAGGACAGGUGCAUCCAGAAAGGUAUAAGGCACCCAUCCACCUCGAGCAGUCACAAGGAUGGCGCCCUAACCAUUCAGCCUAUAGAGGCGAGGCGUGCAGUUCAUUAAGAGCAGAUAAAGGAGUACAUGAUGGGGCUGCUCAAGGCGACUCCUAUAGUCAUGUUCAUGUGGACUCGCAUGUUGAGCCACUUGAAACUUCAUCCCUCGUGGUUGAGGACUCUGACCCUCCUUUGAAGCGACGUCGCUUUCAUGGAUCCCUUUCAAAAGGGUCUGUCGAGGCAGCUCGAUGCAGUGAGAAGGAGAAUGUUCGUGUGUAUGAGAGAAGGGUCAAAGCAAGGGAUGAUGGGGAUGAACGACAUGGUGAAGCCCCACGCGAACGUAUCUGCAAGGUUGUGUCAAAGAGGAAGGCAUCCAAGGUUCCAAUGAGGACCAAUAAUAAGCCCUCGGUUGCAGCUCGAACCAUCCCUGUGCCAAGAGGUGAUACUUUGCCACCAUGGAGAGGCACGGGCAAGGGCAAGGGAGUUGCUUCUAGCUCCUGUGCUGAGGAUGAAGAAGAACAGCAGCCACAAGGACAGCCAACAGUUGGCCCUUUGAGGUUGCAUAGCCCUGCUCCUAGUGAUUAUGGUAGGCGUACUGUUAAUUACAAAAGCCAGGCCAAGCAAGUAAAGAAGGAGAGGGAGUCAAAUCCUUUUGUUUAUGAGCGUAUCCCAUCGGAUUAUAGGUUUUAUAAUCACUUCCAACAAGAUUUCUACGAGACGGUCAUUUAUCCAAGGAAGGAUCCAAUCUCAAAAAUGCAGUGGGUUGAUUGGAAGUACAUGGAAGAGAAGGACGACCCUAUCUUUAAAGAAGUGGUAGCUGCAUGUGAGAGCAAAGGAGUGAAGAGAAUCAUGGGCUUCAAGUAUGAUUGGUGCAAUGAGGUAAUAGCCCAAUUCUAUGCCACCGUCUACUUUGACAAGAACAAAGCCAAGACUAUGCACUGGAUGACUGAGGGAGAGUGGUACAAAAUCAAAUACAUGGCCUUCUCUAGGUUGCUUGGAUUUGGUCAAGAUGAUGCUAAUAAAGAAAGAAUUCAUGUGGAACGUGCGCUUACAAACAGUCAAUUAGAGUUCAUGUAUAACCCUCAUGAAGAUGUUACUCUUGGGAGCAUUAAAGGUCUUUUGCCCUCUUAUUUUUGUCUUAACCGCUUGUUUAGGAAGACACUAGCUCCUAAGGAGGGGGAUGCUGCUAGUAUCAUGUCAACUACAAGGAACUUGCUUGCUAGGAUGGACUCAAGUGCAAGACCAUUCAAUGUGUUUGACUUCAUUUGGGAAGAGAUUCGCUUCACAUCUCUGAAUCCGUCAAGAAGUUGUGGUUAUGCUCCUUACCUAAUGUAUAUGAUCGAGAAGGUCACAAAGAAGAACUUUGUGAAGGAAGUGAAGCAUGAACCAUUAAGAAUUCGUCCUCAAAAGGGACAUAAUCCUGUGGCUGCACCAAGAAGAGCACCACGCUCGUCAUCACCUACACAUAAGCCAUUCUCUUCAUCUGUUCACCCUUUUCUCAAGACCAUCUUCUGCAUUUGUAAAAGCAACUCAAUGAAAUUGAACAAGUACAAUGCAAGACUGAAGAAGACCAAUCAGCAGCUCAAAGCAAUUCGGCGCCAUUUCAACAUUGAGCCUCCUUUCUCUCCGGAUGGUUCGGAGGCAGAGGAGAGUGAUCCAGAGGUGUUUGAGGACCCCUUUGCAGCUUAUGGGACUGGCGCCGCUGCCUCUGUCCCUGCCCCUGCAGGACAUGACACAAGACUUUGGACUGAGCAGGGCGAAGAGUUUGGCGGUGAUGAGGAAACUGGAAUGGAAACUGAAGAUGAAACCGAAGAGGAAGGAAAUGAUCAUGAGGAGGGCGAUGAUGAUGAUGAUGAUGACGACGACGAUGAGGUGGACAUCGAGUGAUUCAUUUGUUUGCUUCUUUCUUCAGGUAAUGCUGAAGGGGAAGAGAAAAGCUUAUCAUGUAUUUCGUAGUAUCAUUACGUCGUCGUUGUGAUUCUGCACACGUAGAACUUUAUGCUUGUGGGUGUGCUUGAGGACUUGUUUUAAGAUUCCUAUAAGACUUAUUUUGUUUUAGUGUGCAACCAUGUAACGCAAUGGUUGAUGCUCUUAAUCUCAUUGUGUGCUGUAAGAUGGUCUUAUGAGACAUGGAAGAAGAGGCCACCCGUUUGCAUGCAUGGGAAAAUGCAGGUCAUGCCACAGCAGGAGGUAAAGAAGAGGCUCGACGAGAUGCUGCAGCAGAUAGGGGAGAGCCAGCGUGCCUGCAGAUGAAGCUGCAGGUGUGCCAGGAGUUGAAGGAUCAGGUCGCAACAGCCAUACAGUCGACCAAUUAGUACUGCCUUGUCAGACCUCCAGAAAUACGCCAAGCAGAGGGGUGCCAAUGUUUUUCGAUCUUCCUCCAGUACCAUCUUGCCCAGCUUUGCUCAACGUUUGCAAGCUGUAUGAAUUUUACAUUUCAGUCUAAGGUGCAGGAGUAUGAAACUCACCAGCUGUAUGAAACUCUCUCUCAAAUUAUAAGCAAUGUGCUGUAGCAGUACUCUUCUCCUGUAUCUUAAAUUGAUUUUAGGAUACUCUCUAAGCAAAUUAUAAGAGACGCAAUAUAAGAGAUUUGACAGA